AUGUCACACAACCGCGCACAAUCACAGACGCGUCUGCCCUUGCGGACGAGAUCACGCUCGCCACUAGCAGUGUCCAGACCAACAACACCGCUCCGUCCGUCAUCUCGCUCGUCAUUCCGUACAUCACAAAACAAUGCCUUUGCCGGACCAUCGCCUCUCGACGCCUUUGAGCCCCAGUUCGCAGAACUCAGCGACUCGAUGGCAGACCUCGAGGCAAACCUGAUGCACCUUCAACUCAUGCACGAGAGCCUCAGCCGGUUUGGGGAGAGUUUUGCCAGUUUCUUGUACGGCUUGAACAUGAAUGCGUUUGUUGUAGAUUUUCCUGAGGCCCCGCUUCCAGAAUCAAUCAAGCGAUAUCAAAAAAGGCAGCGCGCUGCUCAGACAGGAGCCGCCGUAGACGACACAACCUUUCUGGCCAGCAAUGCGGGCGAGCCAGAAACGACCAUUCUGGCAACGGGCGAUGCCAGCUUCACGAGCCUCAAAGCUACUCCGCGACGCCGGACCAUGGCAUCGACGGUAACGCCAAGCACAACGUCGACGACGGCCAAGCAGGGUACGACUUCGAGCUCGACUCGUGGUGGCAUUCCAGCUAGGGCGGGCAGGGGUAUUGCUCGCGGUGGUGCGCGAGGGAGCGGUCUUCCGCGUGGGAGAGGUCGAGCUGCAAAGUAA